AUGGGGAAGCGAAAGUCCACGAAGGCGCCCGUGGCGGUCAAGAAGAAGCCAAAGGUGGACUCGGGGCCGUACCGCUGUCCGUACUGCAACCACGACAAGUCGGUGAAGUGCACGCUCAACCACAAGGAGAGCAGGGGCAAGCUCAAGUGCUCGCGGUGCGACACCGAGUACGAGACGGACAUCCACCGCCUGAUGGCGCCGAUCGACGUGUACGUCAAGUGGAUGGACGCCUGCGAGCGCGCCAACGACAGGGCGGGCAGCGACGCGUCCUCCUCGGACGACGAGGGCGCGCCCGCGCCGCUGCGGCCCGUCCUCGCGCGGCCCGCGCGCUCCAGCGAGUGA